GAAACUAUUCAGCGGGAGCAACGGUACGUGAGACCACACAGUUGGCUGGAGCCCCUCUAUGACCAAAGGACAGAAGGACAAACAAGAUGUAUUGUGAGAGGUUUAUAUGUAUCCUGAGAAUACUUGGAACCACACUCUUCGGGGUGUCCCUCCUGCUGGGAAUCACCGCUGCUUACAUUGUGGGCUACCAGUUCAUCCAAACAGACAAUUACUACUUCUCCUUUGGACUCUAUGGUGCUAUCCUGGCAUCACAUCUCAUCAUCCAAAGCCUGUUUGCCUACCUAGAGCACAGGAAAAUGAAACGGUCGCUAGAGACUCCAAUCAAACUGAACAAAACAGUUGCCCUUUGUAUUGCUGCCUAUCAAGAAGAUCCUGACUACUUAAGAAAAUGUUUACUUUCUGUAAAAAGAUUGACCUACCCUGGAAUUAAAGUUGUUAUGGUCAUUGAUGGGAACUCAGAAGAUGACGUUUACAUGAUGGACAUUUUCACUGAAAUCAUGGGUAGGGACAGUUGUGCCACUUAUAUCUGGAGUAAUAACUUCCAUGACAAAGGUCCGGGUGAGACAGAGGAGUCUCACAGAGAGAGCAUGCAACACGUAUCUCAGCUGGUCCUGUCCAACAAAAGUGUUUGCAUCAUGCAGAAAUGGGGUGGAAAAAGAGAAGUAAUGUACACAGCAUUCAAAGCACUGGGGAGAAGUGUGGAUUAUGUACAGGUCUGUGAUUCAGAUACAAUGCUUGAUCCAGCCUCAUCAGUGGAGAUGGUGAAAGUUUUAGAAGAAGAUCCAAUGGUUGGAGGAGUUGGAGGUGAUGUACAGAUUUUGAACAAAUAUGAUUCCUGGAUCUCCUUUCUGAGCAGUGUGAGAUACUGGAUGGCAUUCAACAUCGAAAGAGCCUGUCAGUCCUACUUUGGCUGUGUACAGUGCAUCAGUGGACCUCUGGGAAUGUACAGAAACUCUUUACUCCAUGAAUUUGUGGAAGAUUGGUACAAUCAGGAGUUUAUGGGCUCCCAGUGCAGCUUUGGAGAUGACAGGCAUCUAACUAACAGAGUGCUAAGUCUGGGCUAUGCAACAAAAUACACAGCUAGAUCCAAGUGCCUCACGGAAACACCGAUAGAGUAUCUCAGGUGGCUGAAUCAGCAGACCCGCUGGAGUAAAUCCUACUUUAGAGAGUGGCUUUACAAUGCCAUGUGGUUCCACAAGCACCAUUUGUGGAUGACCUACGAAGCUGUAAUCACUGGAUUCUUUCCUUUCUUCCUUAUCGCCACAGUCAUUCAGCUCUUCUACAGGGGAAAAAUCUGGAACAUCCUCCUCUUCCUGUUGACAGUUCAGUUAGUUGGCCUGAUAAAGUCUUCCUUUGCCAGCUUCCUUAGGGGCAACAUUGUCAUGGUUUUCAUGUCACUCUACUCAGUGUUGUACAUGUCAAGUUUACUGCCAGCAAAGAUGUUUGCAAUUGCCACGAUAAACAAAGCAGGGUGGGGCACAUCAGGAAGGAAAACCAUUGUAGUUAAUUUUAUAGGACUCAUUCCAGUCUCCAUUUGGUUUACAAUCCUCCUAGGUGGCGUAAUUUUCACUAUUUACAAGGAAUCAAAAAAGCCAUUUUCUGAGUCAAAACAGACAGUUCUCAUCAUUGGCACAAUACUCUAUGCAUGUUACUGGGUUUUGCUUUUGACUUUGUACAUGGUUCUUAUCAACAAAUGUGGCAGGCGGAAGAAAGAGCAACAACACUACGACAUGGUGCUAGACGUAUGAUGUUUCCGUGGGAAGUUACCCAGAGUUGUAAAGCAACCCAACGACCUUGUAGUAUCUGUGGCAUCAGACAUAUGUUGCCAAGGGAAAUGGAUCACUGCUGCUGGGAAUAGGACACUUAUAUUCCUCUGGGUUCAUUUUCAUCCUGCCAAAGUAAGGAGAACAAAAAAAAAAGAAAAAAAAAGAAAAAGAAAAAAAAGCAAAAAAAAAUUUUUUUUUGUUUCCAAGGGGAAGGACACAAACCACACAGUUACGACCUGUUCACAAGAAAAGGGGAGAACUUCUGUGUUUAUGCACUUUUUUUUAUUGUGCAUAUGCCUGACAGUGUUAUGUUCUAUAUACCUCACUGGUCAUGCUUAUGUGUGUGGACAGAAAGAAAGGGAGUUUGGAGAAUCAAGAAAAGGACUGUACAACCCCUUGCAACCUAAUUUAUAAACUUAUCUUUUUUUAUAGUUCUGUUUAUAGGAAGGGUCUUUUGUUUUAGGCUGCCAAAUGUAAUGCCAAAGGUAAAUUUUAAGAGGCCAUUGGCUGAGCUGUAUUUUUAUAUUAUUGUAUUAUUUGUGUGUGUGUAUUUUUAAGCCAACUUUUUUUU